UUGAUUGGAUUCUUCCUUUUUCUCUUUCUCACAAUAUACACAGCUAUGAGAGCUCCAAUAGUUGUAGAUUCCCUUCAAUAUAUACCUGAAAUUAUAGGAAAAGCUGAUUUGAAUAAGAUUCGUGAAGAGCUUUUGAAGUGUUUGCCUUCACUUCCCGAUAUGCCUGAUCUUCAUAAAGUUAAAAAUGAGUUGAGUACAUCUCUUCAUUCUCUGAACUUCUCCCCGUUAUCAGGCCGAAAUGUUAUGGAACUGCUCAUCAAUUGCUUUCCCGAGCACUUUUCCUCGAAUUAUUUGAAAGAUGACACAAUAGAAUUUGUAUCUUCUUCAACAAUCCAACCAAUUACAAGGUGGCCAUUUUAUGUCUUCUUAAUUGGAGCUAUGUUCUGUUUAUUAGCAAGCAGCACAUGCCAUCUCCUAGCUUGUCACUCGAAACGACUUUCCUACAUUAUGCUCAGAAUUGAUUAUGCCGGAAUUGCUGCACUAAUUGCAACUUCAUUUUAUCCUCCUGUAUAUUACUCAUUCAUGUGCAACCCUUUCUUUUGUUACAUCUACUUAGGCUUCAUAACAUUAAUGGGAGUUGCUACUAUUGUUUUCUCUCUUCUCCCAUUUUUCAACAAAUCCGAGUUUAGAAAGUACCGUGCCUCGCUCUUCUUUUUGAUGGGAUUUUCGGGCGUGGCACCUAUAAUACAUAAAUUGAUAUUGUAUGGGGAUGAGCCCGAGGCGCUUCAAACCACGGGAUACGAAAUACUAAUGGGAGUUCUUUAUGGUUUGGGAGCUUUAAUUUAUGUCGCAAGGAUACCGGAGAGGUGGAUGCCGGGAAAGUUUGAUAUUGCUGGUCAUAGUCACCAAAUUUUUCAUGUGUUUGUUGUGGCGGGUGCUUACACACAUUACCGCGACGGGUUAAUUUACCUUAGAUGGAGAGAUUUGAAAGGUUGUUAA